UGUGGGAAGCCGAUCGCCGGGAUUGUUCGCAACCAACCGCUAUAUAGGUAUGCAUACAUGAUUUGUCCGUCAUACGUUCUUAGCUAAGUCGUCUCUCGUCCUCCCCCUCCCCACCUCGUCUCGGUCUCCCUUUCGCCGUUCAUCGCUUGCUCUACUUGCCAUCCCCGGAUCCCGCCGUUGAGGGGUAGCGGGGAGGCGACUAUGCCUUGUCCCCAAAUCGUCUAUGAGGAAGAGACAGCGUAAUUAAGAGCAGAUCGACUACCCGAGAGAUCCCAUUCUGUAACGUAGCUGACCAUGGCCCCCUCGAGCAUCUCUAUCGCUGCAAUCGGCACUCUCGACACUAAGCUCGUCCAGUAUCUCUACCUGCGGUCACAGAUCCUUCGACAUGAGCCCUUGGCAAGCGUCAUUUUAAUUGAUGCGGGCCGGUCCGCCAGCGAUCAUGAAGCCGUGUCCGUGUCGCAGGCCGAGGUGGUCGAAGCUAGCGGAUACCAAGGCGGCGACAGUGCCCUAAAAUCACUUCCGCGAGGGGAGCUCGUCAAGACCUUGAUUGACGGGAGUAUCGCCGUAGUCCGACGCCUUUAUGAGCGUGGGGAAAUUCACGCCAUCAUCGGCCUCGGCGGGUCUGGCGGUACUAGCAUCGCAUCCGCCGCCAUGCGCCAACUCCCCUUAACAUUCCCCAAGCUGAUCGUAUCUACGGUCGCCUCCGGCGAUACCAGCUCCUAUGUCGCGGAGACGGAUAUCACUAUGAUGUACAGUAUAGUGGAUAUCGCGGGGCUCAACGAGGUACUAACGCCCGUGAUUGAUAACGCCGCCGCUGCGAUCGUGGGCAUGGCCAAGGCGUACGCUGCAAGAAUCAGCAGUGUCCCGACGAGCCCGCAGAAAAGGGGUGUUGGCGCCACGAUGUUCGGGGUUACUACGAAGGGGGUAGAUGCCGCGCGAACGUGGCUAGAGAGCGAAGGAUUCGAGGUCUAUGUGUUUCACGCGACCGGCGCGGGCGGGCGCGCGAUGGAACGGCUCGCCCAGGAAGGCCGUCUGCACGGAGUCAUGGACAUGACCACUACUGAACUGGCCGACGAGCUGGUCGGCGGCGUCUUCAGCGCCGGCAAGAGUCGGCUGACAGGUGUAGCAAAAGCAGGCAUACCUCAGAUCGUCAGCGUCGGCGCUUUGGACAUGGUGAACUUCGGGCCGAGAGAGACUCUGCCUAGGCAGUUCGAGGGGAGGAACAUCUACGUGCACAACCCAUCGGUUACUCUAGUCCGCACGACGGAGCAGGAAUGCACUGAACUCGGGAACAGGGUGGCGCGGAGGCUCAGAGAGAACAGUAUCAGGCCGGAAUUGACCGAGGUAUGGCUUCCUCUGAAGGGCACCAGCGCCAUCGCCGUCGAGGGCCAAAAGUUUCACGACACGGCCGCCGAUAAAGCGCUCUUCGCGGCCAUCAAAAAGGGGCUUGACGGAAGCGCAAUUAAAGUAGUGGAAGUGGACUCCGACAUAAACGACGCAAAGUGGUCCGAGGGCCUGGCUCGCAGGCUCAAGGAGCUGAUAGAGCAGAAGAACGGGGCAUAAAGCGCAGAACAAUCACCCAAUGCAGCUGGUCUGCGUGUGGACUGUAAGCAGGGGCAGGGGGAAUUUCAUGUAAUAUCCUGAGAAUGUCUCGCUAUCGUUAAUUCAUGGUGAAAUACUGGCCAUCAUAAUACACUUCGUAAC